GAUUACUUGGAAACAAACGACGCCAUUUCGGCCCGUCUCAAAAUGCCACCGAAGAAAGGGAAAAAAGGCAAGAAGGGAAAGAAAGGCAAGAAGGGCAAAGGCAAGAAGGGAAAGAAAGGUGGAGCUGAGGGAGGUUCUGGUUCUCCGGCUCCUGGAGAUGACCCAUUUACCGACAAGGAAGAGCUUUUACAGAGAGAAUUAGAUCAGCUGACAGAUGAAGUGGUGACUGUAAAGCAAAGAGUUGAAGACCUCCGUAAAGAAACAGAGUGGUUGCAAACUGAGGCCCACAAAGUCCGUGUGGAAAGUCAUGAGUACAUGAGUUACAUGGAAAAAAAAACUGCUAAACGUCAGACCACUAUCAUCUCAUUGAGUGACCAGAACCAGAAAGAAAUUAACGAUAUACUCCAUGAAAAAGAAGAUAUGUUGCAGAACUUUGAGAAGCAGAAAGAAGAAUUGAGAGAUGUUCUGCUUGAAAAAGAAAGUUUACUUGCCAAGACCAAACAAGAGCUAGAUGAUCUCGGAGAAUUCAAGGAUCUCCAAAGGGACCAACUAGCCCGCAUCAAGGAGCUCGAGAGGGAGGUGAUGCACAUGAGAGGAAAUCAUUCCGAAGCCAUCCAGCAACUGAAAACUAAAUUCCUUGAUGAGAAACAUGAUUAUCAGCAGGAGUCGGAUUCUAAGAUAACAACCAUGGCAAAGCAGGCAAACAAGGAAGCAUUCCUCUGUCUGAACGAACACACCAACAGGAUCAAGCUAGAAAAUCGCAAACUUAGGCACAAUCUUCUCCGGCUCAUCCAGCAGACGCGGGCCCUGCAUGAACACAAACGCUAUCUCGAGGACCAACACAAGGAACUUCUUCGGGAACAACAAUAUGCACAUGACCUUAAGAAACUGCGGUCGUCAAGACAACAUAAAGUUUUAAGAUCAUUUGGACUUGUUGAUAAAGAUGGCAAUGAAGUCAUCGACAAUGAAGGGGAGGACAUGCCUGAGAAUUAGAUUUGGGUUCUUGAUGAUGAUGGCAAUAGGCAAGGGAGAACAGGACAUGCCUGAGAAUGAAAUUUGAAUUCUUGAGAAGGUGGUCCAGUGCAGACCAAAUUUGUGGUCAUCUCAGACUGCUGCUUCUCUUUAGCACGUCUGCAGACGUGCCCCUGUUGAUUUCAUUGAGUCAGUUGAUCAAUCAGAUGGUUAGCAUUCCGUCCAUUGUUUAGGUGUGAGACUUGUUUAGAUGGCAGGUGCACUGAGUGAUCUAGAUCUUGAAAAUGAGGACUAUACAGUUUUAAGGUAUGACAGUAUCGUCUAAAAUGUAACACAACCAGAUAAUUGUAAUCUGCGAUAUUGCUGUCAAGCUUUGAAAGUAAUAAUGUGCCGAUGCCAGUUCCGUCCACGCUCCACAAAAUGUUACAUAUUAAAUGUGUACAAAAGUGUAUAAUAAACACAGGUUUUGUUGAAA